GCUGGAUUCACUGGAGUGUCUCGUGGCUGCUAUCAUGCAGGUCGGGCAACACGUUCAAGGAACACUAGCGUACCCCUUUCUUCCACCACAGCUAAAGGGAUUUCAGUAUGAGCGUGAGGGAAACAUCGAGGAACGAUACUAAAGUGCACAUUCCCCGUCCUUCUUUGGUGCUUUCUUUUUAAUCGCUUGGCUACGCGUGGUGGGGGGAGAGGAAAGGUCGCAAAAGAAUCUGAAGAAAACUUGCUAGCCUACGGCAGAAGUCCCACCAGUGUGUGCCUUCUACUGCUGUUCCCGGGAAAAUGACUCAUUUGGCGGCGGUGCAGAUGUCAGUCACACACAGUUAAAUGUUAGAACUACUUGAGCACAUAUUGCUCGGAUGGUCGAAGCGGAAAAAGAGGAAAGAGGGUUCAUCAAGGUGCCUGAAAUGUCUUUGUGGAUGAUCCUGCCUGUUAGCCUCCCAGCACUGACCAUCACUGGGAUAUGGGUUGUGUAUGCCAUGGCCCUGUACAACCAGCAUGUCUGCCCCGUGGAUAACUGGUUGUACAACCAGUCAUGUGAAGAGGAGCUGCACUUGCAGAGUGGGCCAACGUUGUGCUGCACGCUCGACAACGUACCUCUCAUCAGUAAAUGUGGGACACUUCCGCCUGAGAGCUGCUUCUUCAGCCUUAUCUGCAGCACAGGCUCAUUCAUGGUCAUGGUGAUCGUGCUGCUCCGCUAUGCCCACGUCAUUGAGAAACACCAGAACUGCGUGCUCAACACGGCGAGUCUCUCCACAGGCUGGAUCUGUGCAGCUGGACUCAUCAUGGUGGGCAACUUCCAGGUGGACAAUGCCAAAAUUCUCCACUAUGUCGGAGCGGGCAUCGCCUUCCCCACCAGUAUGCUGUUUGUGUGCCUGCAGUCAGCGCUGACCUAUCGCCUAGCCAAGACCCAGGGGGAGUACAAUGUGGCCCACCUGCGGCUCUGCAUGACCCUACUUGCCUUCAUCGCCUUGGUGCUCAGCGGCGUGUUUUUCUGCCAGGAAAGUUUCAUCCUGCAGCACGCGUCCGCCAUCUUUGAAUGGGUCUUCUGUGUCAUCAUCAUGCUCUUCUACGGAACGUUUGCCUUCGAGUUUGCCGGCAUGUCAGGCGAUACCAUGGUGGUGCUGGCCAGAGGAGGUUCUAUGGGGCGGGAACACAAGGUAGACGCUCUGGGACCCCUGGGAGGUCCGAGCCCACACUCGCAGCCGCACCCUACGGAGAACAUGUCCAUCCUGUAGCAUGGUCAACAGGCCCCCCCACACAAACACACACGCACGCACACACCCACAGAUAUACAACGUUGGCCUGGAUAACCCCUCCUCAAACUGAGGUUGUCAGAAGAGUUGAAUUAUUCAUCUCCAGCCACGAUCACAUGAUACUUUGAACUCAAGCAGCAGCAGCAGCAGAGCUUGCGCCAGACUGAGCGGAUGCGACGGUUCAAACCCAAGCAACAGAACUCAUCGUGUCAUGACAUCAAAGCUUUUUUUUUGUCUCCGCAUUUUGCACAAGUGUGAAACCAAAUUUGCCAGCCAUCCAGCUAGCCCUGCCUUCAAUGAUCCUUGCAGGAGCAGCGUAGAAGAAAAAGUGUGGUCCCUCGCCGUCUCAACAAGUGACCUUGGAUGAGUUCCUCUUCAGGUGAUUGCCUUUUCAUUUGGUGUAGUGCGCUCGUGGUUAUAAAAAAAAAAAAAAGGCUGCUGGACGGCCGAGCUGACAGUAUUGUCUGGUGGUUAGAGAGCGAGGAAGGUCAGACCUGAGAGAAUGGAUGAAUGCAAUAAGCUGUCUUAAUAUUCUCAUAUAAAAGAGCAUACAACCGUUACGCCGACUAUCCUGGAGGGGAAGUUUGUCCAAUAUUAAAGGGGGCCUGUUAUAUGCACGGUGGAUAACCCACAUAUUUGCCAUUCAGCUUUUGUGACCCCGCAAAUUCACAGAUUUUUGUUUUUUUAAACUAUUAUUUUAAAAUAUAUUUUAAAUUGUUGAUUUUUUUUAAAAUGUGUAAUUAAAAAAACUAUUUAAUUGUUUUUUGUAAUAUUUUGAAUGAAAAAAACAUUUUUAAUUAAUUUGUAAUUUAAAACUAAUUCUUUAAAAGUAGGCCAUUUUUCCCUUAAGUCGGUAAUCAUUGAUAAAUACGUGAGAAUAAAGCAUAAAAUGUCUAGCAUUAUGUGAACAAUGGACCAAUGUGACGUCAGUGCAAGAUGGCGGCGCCUUGUGUGUGUUGUUACAGUCCGGUAGGGGUGUCACGAGAUGAGACAACACCCGAGAUUGGAUCUAUGAGAAAAAGUUCUAUGAAAAAUACCUGACAAUAGAUCACAAUCUACUAAUUGAAUUUCUACUAAGUGUGUAUGCUAGCGGCCCCGCCUCCACCCACUGAGACAAAGAGACUGUAUGACUGACAAAAGGGCUCACUCCGUUCAUGCUACUGUUCUAUGAAACAAACGCACCAAGGUGCUGAAACCAAUGCACAGAGUGAACUCUCUUCCUGCCUGUUUGGAGGCAAUAGACGAAAACAGACAUGCAUGCACAUGGCAACAUAUUGAAGGCAGCAAAAUUAUGCAGCUCAUUUUGAUUUAUUGUGUGGUUAUUAGUUCAUUUGUUAUUGUCCCAGGCCGAGUGACCAUAAGACAGUUUUUUUUCUGAAUCGGAAAUCUUCUCCCGUUUUGAUCUUGUGACACCUCUACAAUCUGCCCUCAAAACUUGUAGCCCAAGUUCAUAUAUCAUCUUAAAUCAGCAAGCAGUGUGGAUUAUAUACAAAUGCCUUUUCUAGCCUGCAGGCCUCACGACCAGGCUGAAGGCUACGCCGUGACUCCCAUUCCAUCUGUUCUAUCAAUCAUCUUAGAUUAUUAUUCAUUACUGGUGAGUGCCGAUACAUUCUGGACUUUAAAUAUGUUUUAUAACUGUGCUGGGCAUAUUUAGGGCUUAAACCUGGAUUGUGUCGCGAGUGAACAAUGGCAAUUGAAGAGCGAAGGGGAGCGUUCUGGAGCGAAAUCUGAUCUAAUAAUCACAACAGUCACUUUCAUUGCAAAUGUUGAUCCGAAAUAGGAAGGGAAUGUCAAUGUCAAGCUAGUAGGGACUUGUGGAGGGGGAGGAGCGAACCAGCAGCAGCAUAAUCCAGGCAUGAUUAGAGUGCCAAAAAUAUCCAUUUGUAUCGGUGUCUUAAUGACUCAAUGAAUGUCCGAAACCGGAGGAGUGAAGCUAUCAGGAGGACAGGUUUCUUUUUUUCAAAAGCGGGGAUCUACUCUCUUCGGCUCAAUAGAACACUGAGCACUGAGCUCAGAACGUUCCACAAUCCACAAUCCUUAUGUGAGACAUGAACACACGUUCUUCUCUUUUUCUGUGUUGUGAAGAUAUAAAAACAGCUAAAAAGAGGCAGCUAAUUAAUGCAUGUAAUGGGACACACCUAUUCCGCCAAGAAAGCCUGCUAUUCAAACACCUCCAAAAACCUCCAGCAAGGUUUUAUGGUUUUGUAUCCAUGCUGUGAGCAUGUAGCAACAGGUACAUUCAUGAUAACAUGUCAUACUUACAGCGUUUUGCUCAUUCUAAGCAUUAGCGGAACUUCCUUCCUGCGCGCUUUGAUUUCACAUAGCAACAUAGAAAGGAAGGCUACACCUAGCGUCAACUUUUCCAAACUCAAAAACAAAACAACAGCAGCAAUGGCGGCAGCUCCAAUAGGUAGCGUUACCUUUCGCUAGUGGCCUGAGGCAUUGUGAGCGAGUGUGUGGUGAAGCUAGUCGCUACCCGGCGUGGUGUGGCGAGGUGUCACUACACCAGUAACGUAGUUCUUGGUAGUUCAUAACAAUGUUAAUAACAAUAAUAAUAACAAUGUCACCUUUGUCAGAAUAGGUGUGCCCCAUUACCUGCAUUCCUAGCUGCCUCUUUUUAAUCACAGAAAAAGGAAAAUGUGUUUUCCUUUCUCACUUAAGGAUUGUGGAUGAUGGCCAAAAUAAAAAAAAAAAGAAAAAAAGUGCGGUUGUACUUUCAACAAGUGUCCAUUCCUACUUUGCAUAGCAGGUCCCCAUCAAUAUAGCAACUACAAAAGUGCUUCAAGUGCAACAAAAUCCUUAGACUUUGAGCUGUUUGAUGUCUUCGACUCGUGAAUGGACUGUUGGUUGAAGAAAAACAGACUGCGGCUGGCUGACAUCCUGCCAAUGUUAGUGAGGUUUUUAAGUGAGAUAUUGGUGGCGGAAAGGAAACUAGCAGUGGUCUUGGUGCAUCUUCCACCUCAUGCACCGUGUUUCCACACAUCUUUUUUACAUGGGUACUCGCACUGCCUCAUAUGAUUUCCUUAUUUUUAAGUCAAAACACAACCAGACCUCAAACAGUAUUCUAGUCUCUGCCAAAGAACACGAGAGAGUACAAGACACCUGCCAAUCCCGUCCUGGUGCAGGUGGAAGGGAGGGGGAGGUCUGCAUCUCAUUGGCUGACCCUUUCAUACUCUCCGUACUUCGUGAUUAGGCAUGACAUCAAGCUGUAUGCAAAGGGAACAAGCUGUUGUGUCCUGGCCUUGGUGGUAGAUGUAAACAGCGUGUGCCAAAUACUUGUAUCAGCGUGCCUGCAGCUUGGUGCUAACACGCCCACAAGUAGCCUCUAUCUAUCUCUGUCGCUGGCGUUGUCACGUCAGACUCGUCAUAAGCAAUAUUGUGCACUCCUUUUCUUCUUUUUGUACAAUGUACACCUUGUUAGGUACACCUGCAGGUGCUAGGCUGAGCAAGACUAAUACAGUAAACCCUCGCCGUUCCAAUUUUCCACCUUCAGUCUAUCACAGUUUUUCAAUAAUAGAUUCCUAAAUCUCGCUGUUGUGUGUUUGAUUACAGCCUAUUAUUUGUCACAAUUAUGCAUAUUUAAGCACAUUUUACAUAUUUUUUGCCUAAGUUAAACAUUUUCAAGCAUGAAAAUGGCUCAGUGAAGUCGAUACAAAUCUAAGGCAUUCAGAAGACUCAUUCAACGAUGUUGUGUAGUAUUCUACACCGGUCACCAGGUGUCAGUAAUGUUACUGUAAUGGGUGAGACACACAAGCAUCGGACUCGAUCGUCGGAACAACAGGCUUUUAUUACGGGUUCGAGAGAUCUUCCAACAGGCACAAUAAUCCCUAACACGGGCUACUGCUGCAGCCAAGAUAAAACUCAACUCUGAAGCCCUAACGUCACUUCCUGUCCAUUUCCCACUAAGCUACUUUAGCAACAGAACACAUUUACAGCAACACACACGAGCACGAGUCUUAUUUAUGUCCAAUAUGUCUUUACUUUCUCUUCUUAUGUCUACUAUAUUGGGUAACAGGAGUGUAAAAGUGUUUCAUGUCUGGAAGUCUCUAAUGAUGUUAAAACCCGUAUUUAGAAGGUUGUAAACAGGUCUUCUACGCUCUAAUGACAAAAAUAUUCCAUUUAUAACUAAAGAAUCCUACUUUGCCGCCAAUUAAUGAUAAACGAGGGAUUACUGUAUAACAUUUGCUACUAGCUUUAAAUGUAGUGUAACAAAUGGCCACAAGAUGGCAGCAAAGGACCGAUAAACUGCAUCAAGUCACAGUCACUUCAUUUGAAUCAUGAUCUUUUAUUGUUAUCUCUGCAAAUGAUGUGGGUGUACCUAAUGUUGUGUAUGUAUUUGGACACGUAAAAACCGUUAAAACCAACACGUAAUCCAGAGGUGUGCCAACAUUACCUGUGCAGGUGUUCUGCUUAUUUGUAACAUGCCAGUGUUUAUUAACACACUCUUGUGGAAUGACGUCAUUCCACACUUUCCACGUAUGUCAGAGUCUCUAAUGUAAUGUAAUCUGAUUUUUUUGUAUCAUCGGAAGACUUCAGUGUAAAGCAAACUAAACUGGAAAAGAUUCUCUUGUAACACCGGAUUUACUGAGCUUCGGCUCCCUCUGCUGGUGGAAACUUGCCGUUGCAGAUUAGUCACCCUCGUCCUCUGUACACUUAGGCCUUAAAAGUUUAUUGUUUUCCAUUUUAAAUGUUCAUUUAAAGGCUUCUUUUGUUAAUGAAAACUAAACAGCACAUUUCUACACAUUUUGUUAUGUAAAACUUAGACAAAAAUCAGCAGACUGAACUGGAAAAGCUUCACGUUUAACACCAGCUUUACUGAUCUGUGACUCCCUCUGCUGGUCAAACCUCUCAGUGCAGUUUAGGUAUGCUCGUGCUCCAUACACUUUAGGCCUUAAAGGAAAAAAGCACUUUUUGGGGAAUUUUCCCCAUCAUCCACAAUCCUUAUGUGAGACAUGAACACACGUGUUUCUCUUUUCUGUGUGUUGUGAAGAUAUAAAAACAGCUACAACGAGACAGCUAAUUAAUGCAUGUAAUGGGACACACCUAUUCCUCCUAUUAAAACACCUCCAGCAAGGUUUUAUGGUUUUGUAUCCAUGCUGUGAGCAUGUAGUAACUGGUACAUUCAUGAUAAUAUGUCAUACUUACAGUAUUUUGCCAUAUUUUGGUCAUUUUAAACAUUAGCAAAGCUUCUUUCUUGGGUGCAUUGAUUUCACAUAGCAACAUAGAAAUGGAUGCUACACCUAGCGUUAACUUUUCCAAACUCAAAAACAAAAACACAGCAGCAGUGGCGGCAGCUCCAAUAUGUAGCGUUACCUUUGCUAGUGGCCUGAGGCAUUGUGAGCGAGUGUGUGGGGAAGCUAGUAGCUAGCCAGCUAGUAGCUAGCUAGUGUGAUAUAGCGAGGUGUUACUAUUCCAUAACAUAGUUAGUGGGCGUAACGUUAAUAAUAAUAAUGUGCUUUAAUAUGCAGGCCAUAUUAUGUAAAUGGAGCGCUGUUGGUGCUUUUUGGAGAUUUUAUUUCGUGCACGUUUAUUACGAUUACGUGUUGCCUCAUUUGAUCUGUUUUUAUAUCUUUAGAACACAGAAAAGUGAAACACGUGUGUUCAUGUCUCAGUUAAGGAUUGUGGAGGAUGAUUUUUAAAAAGUGCAGUUUUCCUUGAAAGGUUUAUUGUUUUGCAUGUUAAGUGAUUUAACGUAUUCUUGUUCAUGCAAAUCGAAACAGUCCAUUUCGAUCCAUGUUGUUAUAUAAGAGCGAGAAAGAAAUCCUGCCAGUCGAUAUUUGCUACUGGCCUACUUGCUACUUCAAGCGCCACCAUUUCAACUCUUUCCCCGUUUCUCAUCUUGUUUACUGGUCUUUGCACUCAGGAAGAUGUUAGGACACACCAGCUGCAUUCUACACAGACUCCGUUCUCUGCCGUUUUUAUUUGAUAUUUUGUGUUUUGUUGCGUCAUGUAUAUUUAGUUUAGAUGCUUUUAUCAUUUGCGUUAAUCGAGAGCCUGCACAAUGAAAACAUUCCUGCAUCGUACGCUUGCGCUGCCCACCGGUGUUAAAUAUUAGUCCUGCAAUCAAUAGAGUAUCGGGAAUAAUUAACCUUUAAACCUCACAGAAAUAAAUAUAUCUAUCAUCAGUACUCAAUUCUCUUGUCGGAAUGCGACAUGCUGCCUAUGUGCCUUAUUAUUAUUAUUAUUAUUAUUAUUAUUAUUAUUAUUAUUGAUAGUAUGCAUUACUUUGACAAUGUAAACCAAAGAGGUUGUAAAUUCUAUUUUGAUGCCAAGUCAUAUGAUUGUCUACUGUAUGUAUGCCUUAAUGCUCAACAAAUAAAACAUUCUCUAAAUGUUCACUCUUUUUCUUCUAAAAAGCACACACAGCCUCAAUUGAUACCUUAAACGUUCUGUGUGGAAUUAUUGACGCUGUCCACUUAUUUGCCAACAAAAGAUGACAGCAUAAAGGACACGGAUCAACACACCUCGUCAAGGAAUAUUCUUAAAAACAACAACACUCAGCACUGAGGAAUUAAUUCAAUGCUUUCUGUGUAAUUAAGACAUUGGAAAUAUUAUAAUAUUAUAUUGGAAUAUAAUAUUACAACUUUUCCAUCCAUCCAUCUUCCACCGCUUGUCCGAGAUCGGGUAGCAGCAGCAGCCUAAGCAGGGAGGUCCACAUUUUCCUCUCCCCGGCCACUUCGUCCAGCUCCUCCGAGCGGAUCCCGAGGCGUUCCCAGACCAGUUGGGAGACAGUCUCUCCAACGUGUCCUGGGUCUGGGUCUUCCCCGAGGCCUUCUACCUGUCGGACUUGCCCUGAACUCCUCCCCAGGGAGGCAUCCUGACCAGAUGCCCAAGCCACCUCAUCUGGCUCCUCUCAAUGCGGACGAGUAGCGGCUCUACUCCGAGUGUCUCCCGGAUGACAGUGCUUCUCACCAGCCCCCCUACAGAGAAAACUCAUUUCGGCUGCUUGUACCUUUCGGUCACUACCCAAAGCUCAUGACCAUAGGUGAGGGUAGGAACGUAGAUCGACCGGUAAAUUGAGAGCUUUGCCUUUCGGCUCAGCUCUCUCUUCCCAUAACGGACCGAUGCAGAGACCCGACGUAGGACCCGGGAAGGAUCUCAUCCCUGAUCAGGAGCAAGCACUCCACCCUUUUCCGAGCGAGAACCAUGGACUCGGACUUGGAGGUGUUGAUUCUCAUCCCGGCCGCUUCACACUCGGCUGCGAACCGAUCCAGUGAGAGUUGAAGGUCACGGCUCGAUGAAGCCACCAGAACCACAUCAUCUGUAAAAAGCAGAGACUCAGUCCUGAAGCCACCAAAGCGGAACUCCUCAACGCCCUGGCUGCACCUAGAAACAGAAUCGGUGACAAAAGGCAGCCCUGGCGGAGUCCAACCCUCACGGGAAACGAGUCCGACUUACUGCCGGCAAUGCGAACGAAACUCUGACACCGGUCAUACAGGGAACGAACCCCCUGAAUUAGCUGGUCCGAUACCCCAUACUCCCGGACUACUCCCCACAGAACUCAUCGAGGAACACGGUCGAAUGCCUUCUCCAAGUCCACCAAACACACGUGGACUGGUUGGGCACCCCAUCGGGACACACAAGCUCCUCCACCACGAUAGGGUGGUAGCUCAGGGAGGAGACAACUUUUAUUUUUUACAUAUUUUUUCUGUAAUAUUUCAACUCAGUGCUACUAAAAAGACGUUACUUUUCAUCAUGAUAUUAUGAGUUGGUGCUCAUAAAAUUGCAUUUUUUUCCUCUUCAUAUUUUGUCUUUAUUCUCAUCAAAUUACAGCAGUUUUUUCCAUUUCUGCUGUUUGUUUUUUUUGCAGCUAUUUCAACUUUCUUCUUGUCAAUUUCCUCUUCGGAAAUAUGACUUCAUUCCGAUCAUAUUAUUGG